AUGGCAUGCCAGCUGGGAAUGGAGCAUACCUUCAUCACGCCGUACCACCCGCAAUCAAAUGGACAAGUAGAGAGAACUAAUGCAAUUUUAGCCAAUAUGAUGGCGCAUUACACGCAACACAGCGGAACUAACUGGUACGAGAUUGCGCAACUCACAUGCUACGCCUACAAUACCAGCAUAAACCCCAUCACGAAGAUGUCACCAUAUGAGAUUUUGUACGGGCGACGACCACGGUUACCCGUGGACACGGAGAUUGCCCGGCGACUACCUUCAUUGUUGUCGGAACUUGGACUUGAGACGGAAAAAAUCGCAUUGAGUAUGGAAAAAGCAUGGAGACAAGCAGCAGAAUUGCUCGAUGAAGAAAAGGAAAGAUGGAAAAGUAAGUCAAACAAUAAUACUCUCGUUUCAGAAUUCCAUAAAGGCGACAUGGUACUACGAAGAUUGGAAAAUACAAAGACAGCGAGGCCCCAUAAAUUCACGCCAAAAUUUGUCGGGCCGUACAGUAUCCUGGAAGUACGACCACCCAAUGCUGUCAUCCAAGCACUGCCACAGGGACCCAAAAUGCGCAUCCAUAUGACAAAACUGAAGCGUUACUUUGAGGACCAACCCAAACCCAUCCCCAACCUCACCAACCCAGCGCCAAGUCGAAAAGAAGAGAGAAAGGGAGAAAGGGAUAUAAUCCGAAGCGACCCGAGCCAGCUGACCAAAUUAAUCCGACCGACACAGAGACGGCCAACCAAGAAUCGAUCAAAAGCGCCGACAGAAGGCCCGCGGCGCUCAACGCGCCUCGCAGCUCAAAAUUCGCGGGACGCAAAUUCAACUGAAUAG